AUGUCUAAGUGGGCAUCUAAACACCCUCGCCAGUGGACCACCGAUGACGUACUUGACUGGCUCUAUAGCGCCGUCGAGAAAGAAGGGGUCGACCUUAGUCGUCUGCGUGGCGAAGCAUUUCAGAAUGUGACCGGCGUCCAACUGUGCAACAUGUCUGAAGAGGAGUUUACUGAAAAAGAACCAGAAUAUGGCGGACUGCUUUUCAAGAGUUUUCAGAGACUCAUAGAUUCAACGACAACAGUUCCAGCGUUUAAUUCAACAAUGUCGGAAUGCCAAUACAAUCAGCAAAAAGUCGAUUCAGUGUCAACAACGAAUUCCAUAUUACUAGGAAAUGGCCUAGCAGUAAUUAAUGCAACUUUUCAUGGCGGUUGGAUGGGAUCUAUGCCAGAUAUUCAGAAACUACAACAGAGCGAACAGCAAAGCCAGACAGUGACCAAUAGUAUUCUGAUCAGCGCAACCAAUGGGAGUUGUCUCCCCUUGCCUGCCUCGGGUCCAUAUCGGUACCCGAGGCCCAUCACUUCUUCAUUCAAACCAAAAAGACGACCAGGACGGCCACGGAUUCGAAACCUUUUAAGUGAUGCCGAAAUUGAACAGGAAAAACAAAAGAAACGGAUGAAAAACCAGCACUUGUGGGAAUUCCUUUAUGAUGCCUUAAAGAACCCUGGUUACAAUCCACGCUUGGUGAAAUGGGAGAAUGAAAUGGAAGGGGUGUUUCGUUUUGUUCAGUCAGAGAUGAUGGCACAUGUCUGGGGAAACCUUAAGAAUAACGGAAAUAUGAACUACGAAAAACUUAGUCGAGCAAUGAGACAUUAUUAUCGACGAGGAAUCUUGGAGCGAGUAGAAGGCAGACGAUUGGUAUACAAAUUUUCAAAAACUGCAAUAGACAAACUGAAAUCACGGCCCAACAUCACCUGA